GUACUUCGAAUCUCGCGAUCGUUGAAUAAACACUGAUUACCUAAAACCCCGUGAAGUGAAAAAUGUCAGCGACAGUUGACUCAACUGCAGGUGCCUCGACCUACCAGAUUCUCUCCAACGACAGAGUUGGAAGGUAUAUGGUGGCAAGCAAAGACCUAGACCCCGGAGAAGAGAUUCUGACGGAGCUGCCCUUCGUAGUGGGUCCGAAGGCGUCAACCUACCCCCUAUGCCUGUCAUGCUACACCCCCUGGCCUCCGGCCCCCGACACCACCCCCCUGUGCUCCAAAUGUCACUGGCCAGUGUGUAACGAGACCUGCGAGAAUGCUGCGCAACACAAGGAAUACGAGUGCCCCAUUCUCCAAGCUUCGAAGGAGAAGUUCAACGUUAAAGAAGCAUUGGAGGAGGAGAAUCCGAACGGUCUCCCCCAGCUGGAGUGCAUCACCCCCUUGAGACUGCUCCUGGCGUCCGAGAAAUUCCCGGAGCGAUGGAAUCGAGAAGUGAAGGACAUGGAGGCGCACAAUAAGAAGCGGAGCCAGGGGACCCAGUGGAAGACCGACGACACGAACAUCGUCAAGUUCAUCCGAGAACGGCUGAAGCUCGACAGAUUCUCGGAGGAAGCUAUUCAAACGGCCUGCGGAAUUCUGGAGAUCAAUUGCCACGAGAUCAGGACGGCUGGGGGGUAUGGGGCGAGGGCCCUGUACCCCACAGUCGCCCUCAUGAAUCAUUCUUGUGUCUCUAACACUAGCCACUGCGUUCAGACUGAUGACUACGGGGUGAGACUCAGGACGACUGUGCGAGUCCCCAAGAACGGGGAGCUCUUGGGAAGCUACACCCACUCGCUCCUCCCGACCAUGUUGAGACAAGAGCAUCUCCUCGUGGGGAAGCACUUCCAGUGCGCCUGCCCCCGAUGCUCUGAUCCAACGGAACUUGGAACACACAUGUCUUCUCUCAAGUGUAACAAGUGUGAUAAUGGAGUUGUCGUUUCACUGGACUCUUUAGAUCCCGAAAGUACGUGGAAGUGCACCCACUGUGAAUUCUCAACGAGUGGAGCAGCGGUGAAGAAAGUCCUCCAGAUAAUAAAUUCCGAGGUGGAGGCGGUGGAGGCAAUCACAGGUGACUGUGGCCCAGACGCCAUCCACCAGAGAGAGAGCAUAAUAAAAAAAUACCACUCCGUUCUCCACCCCCGUCACGCGUUCCUCACAAUGCUAAGGCACUCGUUAUCGCAGCUGUACGGACGAGUGGAGGAGUACAAUCUCGACGAUCUACCGGACAUUGUUCUCGAGCACAAGGUGGACAUGUGCAGGCUUCUCCUCCAGGUUCUCGAUGUCGUUGAGCCCGGAUUAACGAGAAUACGGGGAAUGACUCUGUAUGAACUUCACGCGCCACUUCUCUUCCUGGCCAAGUCCCAGUGGAAUGCCGGGGUCAUUGAUGAUGCGGCCCUCAAAUCCAAGAUGACUGAGGCUGCUAAUGUCCUCAAAGAAGCCGCCACCAUCCUCAGUCUCGAGCCUUUGGACUCCAUGGAGGGACAGAUUGGGGCUGGCGCCAGGGAGGCUUUGACUCAGCUCGACCAGUCGAUCAGAGAUUUAUGAAUCAAUCGGCAUUGUUCGUUAUUUGCAUUCUCUGUACCUUUUUUAAUUGAAUAAAUUGACUGAUCCAAAG